AUGAAGGAAACAGAACAGGGCGAGGAGCAAGACUUUUCGAUGUUUGGCCGAUUGAUAAAAAUCGGAGCCAUCACCAGCACCGCAGUUUUUGGAGUAGUUGCGACGUAUUCGGCGAUAACUGGAAAGAGCUUGCAAGAAUCGGCCGAGGAACUGCUCCGCAUCGUUCGCAAGGGCGUUUUGAAGCUGGAGCCCAUGGAUUCAGAGCAGCAGCCGUCAGACUUCAGGUCUGACGUGUCGCUCGCAGGCACGAGCACGACCAACGGAAGGCGAGUCAGCAAGCGUGAGCUCGCCAGCUCUCUGACCACUCUCAGCAGCAGCAUGGACUUCAACUCCAUGCACGGAGCUAACGAUGAGGAGCUCUUCACACCCGGCUCUCUCGCUGUUUCUGCUGCCCAGCUCGACGGGCAGUCACCGACCCUCAACCUUGGCAAGGAAGAAACCAACACGCUGCUCGGACGAAGAAGCAAUAGGAACACACCGACGGCCGCAAACGCGCCUGUGGUGCAGCUCAGCAACCCAGUAGAAAGUUCCGACGAGCUCGAAGACGCCGUGAUCAUGACAGUAACAGCAUACGAGAUCGCAGGAGAGUCGCCGUCCAAUUUGAACCUCGGUGCUGACUCGAGCGACCGGGCUUCCAUCUUUAAUCGGAGAAAGAGCAAGGUAGAGAACGACCAGCUGACCACAGCGACAGCAGCUUCUUUCAUCAAGGGGAAGGAGACUGUGCUGGAACAGCCUCUGCUGGAGAGUCCGAGCUCCGAAGCCAAGAAGGGGAAGCAAGGCUUGCUGGCAAGGCGCAGCAACAGCUUCAGAAAACGCAAGGAGGUUGACGAACCUCAUGACGACGAUCAGGACGAGCAGGACGAGCAGACUUUGCCCACCCUCCCCUCGCUCGCUGUUAGCAGCUCGGAAGUUCACGGCGAGACUCCCCAAGUUCAGCUCAAUGCGGAAGCGCCGGGAGGAAAUGGCAGCAAAGGAGGGAAGCCUACUAUCCUCCAGAGAAGAAACUCAUCCAAGAAGCUUCGUACUGAGGGAAACGAUGACCCGGAAGCGAUCAAGGCAGCAGCUGAUGCUGUCAAGACUGCUGUCGAUGCCGCGCUGUCUGGUCUGUCGCCCAUGACGAGUGAGGAUGUUUUGUGA